AGCGCUGCAAAUGUAAGCCUAUAAAAGCUACCCAGAAGACCUACCUUCGGAACAAUUACAACUAUGUUAUUCGGGCUAAAGUUAAGGAGGUAAAGACCAAAUGUCACGACGUCACUGCGGUAGUCGAAGUAAAAGAAAUUCUAAAAUCUUCAUUGGUGAACAUUCCUAGGGACACCGUCAACUUAUAUACAAACUCUGGCUGUCUUUGCCCACCACUUAAUGCUAACGAAGAAUAUAUCAUCAUGGGCUAUGAAGACGAGGAACGUUCCAGGUAA